AUGUUCCGCAUUAUCGCUGUUAUCCUCGCUCUGGCUUCGGUGGCUCUUGCUGCCCCCAGUUUUGUUGAUUCACACUACGGUGUGGUUCCGGUUGCCCACGUAUCUCCAGUGGUCUCCGUUGUGAAGCAAGUGCCUGUGGUGAAGAGUGUCCCUGUGGUUCAGCAUGUGCCGGUGGUGAAGAAUGUCCCUGUGGUCCACCAUGUUCCCGUUGUCAAGCAUGUUCCAGUGGUCCACAGUGUCCCUGUUGUGAAGACCUUCGCUGCCCCCGCCUACGGUCAUGUCAUUUACCAUUGAUUCUCCAAGAUAUUGAUUUGAAUUGUA